AUGGGAGCGGAUUGUUGUGGAGGCGAGAGCCUUCCAGCAGUGCAGCACAAACUGAAUGAUUUGCAUCUGAACACAUUAUCAAACAAUGGUACGAAGGCGGCAGAUCCGAAGUCUCACGAGGAGUCUGCAAAGGAACUUGAAGCUUUCAUAAAGAAGAGAAUCGAGCUCUUCGAACACUACAACGCGAGGCACAUUGCAGAGGUGGAGGAAGCCAAAGCGAAGAAUGAGCCCAUAGUCGUCAAGUUGCCUGAUGGCUCUGAGAGGCAGGCCAUCAAGAAUGUGUCCACGCCGAUGGAUGUCCUCAAGGAAUAUGCAAAGGACCUCUUGAAAACGGCGGUAGUGGCGAAGGUGAACGGAGAUGUAUGGGACCUCUUCAGGCCCCUGGAGGGAGACUGCAGCCUGCAAGUCUGCAGCUUUGAGGACGAGGACGGCAAACAUACGUUCUGGCAUUCCAGCGCGCACGUGCUGGGAGAGGCUCUGGAGGCCUGCUUUGGCGUGCGCCUCACGAUUGGGCCUGCCAUCGAGGAGGGCUUUUAUUAUGACUGCUACAUGGGCGAUCGCACCCUCACGGACGCUGAGAGACCCAUCCUGGAGAAGAAGCUCGAGCAGAUCACGAAGGAGAAGCAGAAUUUUCAGCGCGUUGUGGUGACGCGUGAGGAGGCGCUGUCCAUGUUCCAGGAGAACAAGUUCAAGGUGGAGAUCAUCAGCGCGCUGCCGUCCGAAGCCACCAUCUCCCUUUACAGAUGUGGCCCAAUGGUGGACCUCUGUCAUGGCCCGCACCUUCCCAACACGGGCUACCUGAAGACCUGCGCAGUCAACGCCUUGAACCGCGCGUUCUGGCGAGCUGACGUCACCAAGGAGCCGCUCCAGAGGGUGUAUGGGGUGACGUUCCCGGACAAGAAGCAGAUGGCGGACUACAAGCACCGCAUGGAGGAGGCCAAGAAGCGCGACCACCGCAAAGUGGGCACGCAGAUGGAGCUCUUCAUGUUCCACCAGCUCUCCCCCGGCUCCUGCUUCUUCAUGCCCAACGGCGCCCGCAUCUACAACACCCUCAUCGAGGCAUGCAUCCUCCUCAAAAGCGCUCUGACAUACUGCUCUCAUAUACUUAGAACUUGCUUGCAGGCAGACAAUCAUCAUUUGUCUGAUCACUACUACAUCCGGGAGCUGUACUGGCAGUACGAGUAUGAGGAGGUGGUGACGCCCAACAUGUACAACUUUGACCUGUGGAAGACGAGCGGGCAUGCAGACCACUACAAGGAGCACAUGUUCCUCAUCAACAUCGAGAAGCAGGAGUUCGGCCUCAAACCCAUGAACUGCCCCGGGCACUGCCUGAUGUUUGGCAGCCGCACGCGGUCGUACCGGGAGCUGCCGCUGCGGCUGGCGGACUUUGGCGUUCUGCACCGCAACGAGUUCAGCGGCGCGCUCCAGGGCCUCACGCGCGUGCGCCGCUUUCAGCAGGACGACGCCCACGUCUUCUGCAGGCGAGUGCCGGACCAGGUGCUGCAGGAGGUGAGUGCGGUGCUGCACAUGCUGGACGAGGCCUACCGGGUGUUUGGGCUGACCUACAAGAUGGCCCUGUCCACGCGGCCAGAGUCCUACCUGGGCACGCUCGAGCAGUGGGACGCCGCCGAAGCCAGCCUCAAGCAGGCCCUCGACUCCACGGGCCAGCCCUGGGAGCUCAAUCCAGCAGAUGGCGCAUUCUACGGGCCCAAGAUCGACAUCACGGUGUUCGAUGCCCUCAGACGGAAGUUCCAGUGCGCCACGGUGCAGCUGGACUUCCAACUGCCCAUCCGCUUCGGCCUGCAGUAUGCAACGGACAAGCUGAACGAGUUUGAGCGGCCAGUCAUUGUGCACAGAGCCAUCCUGGGCUCUGUCGAGCGCAUGUUUGCCAUCCUGACGGAGCACUAUGCUGGCAAGUGGCCUUUCUGGCUGUCCCCACGGCAGGUGAUGGUUGUCCCCAUCUCAGAAGCGAGCGCAGAGUACGCACAGGAAGUCAGGAGAACGCUCAGGAACGCCCGCUUCUUCGUGGAUGUGGACCUGGCAGACAACAAGAUGCAGAAGAAAGUGCGCGAGGCUCAGCUGGCGCAGUACAACUACAUCCUGGUGGUGGGAGAGAAGGAGAGGGAGCAGAAGACGGUGAAUGUGCGCACAAGGGACAAUGUGGUGCACGGCGAGCACGCGCUGUCAGAGGUCGUCCAAGUGCUGCAGGAGGAGAAGGCGCAGCGCAGCCUUGUGUCCCUUUUUAAGGGGCAUGACAAUGGCUCAUCAAAUGGUGCAGCGCCAGCUCCUGCUCAAUGAUGGUGGGGCCGUUUCAAUUGGCUGGCCUGACGUUUGGUCAGUGGAUGAUCACACAUUCUGUAUCAUUGCCUAGCUAGGUUGGACCAGAAAUCGAUUCACUGAUCAACACGGAUGUUGCGCUUGGGGUCACUUUUCACCUCACAAGGAAUCGAAGUACGUGUAAUUGUGUUUGCC